AUGGCUGGGCGAAUCGUGAUUGCUCUCUGUUUUGGAAUAUUCUUACACGUACUGCUGGCAUCAGCUGCCCAGGAUCGGAUGAACUUGCCAUGCUCCGAUGACGAUACUCCAGCAUGCGCCCAGAGCCGGGACAGUGGAAUGUACUUUUUGUUUGCCAAUGAAUGCGACCUGCGAAAGGCCCAGCAGGGUAAUCUUCUCAAUGGUCCUCUAUAUGAUGUGACUCUCCGCUUUUGCUUUCCCAACUGCGAGUUUGAUUGUGGCUCGGGAAAGCAGCCAGUUUGUGGAACCAGAUCGAGGGGUGGAGAACGCAAGACCUUCGCAAGUCGCUGCGAGAUGAUGAGAAACGCUUGCCUCACCCGAUCGGAUUGGAUGGUCCACCGGUGGGGAGUGUGUCCCAAGGCAAACACAGUUAUCCAGAGCAGUCAAAAGCCACCCGUGCUGGUGCCUUGCACCAGGAUCUAUCGUCCAGUAUGCGCCUUGUAUGCGGGGGUCAAGUCCACCUUCUCCAAUGAGUGCUUAGUUCACGCGGAGAACAUCAAGACUCAGAGAAAUUGGCGCAUAGUUUCCCAGGGCCUUUGUGGAGAGGACAGCACCAAGAUGAAACACAGUCGCAAACAGAAGCCAAAGGCCAAGCCCAAAUUGGAUGCGGAGCGCACGAAGCGGAGCCAGAAGAGCAGAAGGUUGUCCACUCAGGCGGAAGACUUCCAGAUACCAGAGGACGCCGUCGAGAUCUACGCCCCCUCGACUUUUCACACGCAGUUCAUCAGCCAUACGGGCGCCAUGGAGAAGAGCUACUCUCUGCCCGCCAGGAAGCCCUAUGCUGUAGUUGGCCCCAAAUCGAAAGUGCGACGAAUCCCCGUGAAAUCGUGCGUUUUCGGCAAUGAACCCGUUUGCGGUAGCUUUGAGGGCCAAACCCGCACCUUUUCCAAUGUCUGUGAGCUGAUGGAGUACAGUCAAAAAGUCGGAAAUGCAUGGACCAUUUCCCACGACGGAGCUUGUCGUCGAUGUGACAAGCCGUGCCCCUCAGUGUAUCAGCCCGUUUGUGCCACUCGCAACGGCAUUUAUCACACGAUCAUCAACGAAUGCUAUCUGGAAAGAGUGAGCUGCAAGGAUCCCAACACAGUUUGGAAGUUGUCCCAUAAGGGAGAGUGCCCUAAGUCAAGCAAGGAAAUGUCCAAAAGACCUUCCACCGAGAGAAGUCGCCCAAGGAUUUCGGUGCCUCGAGUUCUGUAUGGCAUUGGUAGAAAGAACUUCACUGCACCACAACUAAGCAUAAGAAAAUUAUUGGUCAACACCACAACCACUAGGGCUCCAACCACACCAUACAAGCCACGUCAGCUGCAAAAGAAAUCUUUCAAGGCCACUUCCCCCUCCCUGGAACCUAACAAUCGUAAAAUACGCAAGAUAGAGCUGCCCUCGUUAGGACUCGCUGGAUCAAGUGGCUCCAAUCAUGUAAGCAGUGAUGAAGAUGCCUCUUGGUCCUCGAACGACAAUUGGCUGGUGCGGAAAACUCUUGAUAAUGUCAACGGCUUCUUUGGCAAAAAGCCAACAACCUUCAAGAAGACGAAAAGCGAGAAAUAUCCUUAUUACUACUGGACUGUCGCUCCAAGGGAUGCCAACACUCUAACCACCUCCACGAGUACAACAACAACGCCACCACCCAAGAUGGCAUCCAUUCUGAGCAUGGCAUCCACGGAACUUUUAAACUUGGAUAUUGGAAACGCUGCCAGUGCUUUUGAAGAUCCUGAACAGGAAUUGCUGUUUCUGCUGACCAACAAAGAGGGCUCUACUUCGACGUCAACCACCCCUGUUCCAAGCACAACUGCACCGCCCAGCACCACAGAUCCGUCGACUACUGAAUUACCCACCAGUGUGGAUACGGCUUCCUCCUCAGCGGAAACGGCAAGUGAAUACUCUACCACUGACUCCGAGGAGGCGACUGAGGAGCCAACCACCAGUAUUGACUCAAGCACCACAACUGCACCACCAUCUUCGACCACAGAGGCCGAGGAGUUAAACAGCCAAACCACCGGCAGCGAGUCGACGACCACCGUGGCCUCUAACGAGUUGCCAACAACCACGUUAAACGCGGACUACGCGGCGGAUGAGUCAUUUUCCGAGUCCAGUGGCCAGACCUCCAUCUACGGACUCGACAAAAACUCCUUGAUAAUGCGAUUGUUACGAGCUAGAAGUAACCAAAAUGUUCUCAUUUAGUUAGGAAAUCUCUGUUAAAUUUGUAAGUUGUUAAUUAUAUACACUAAAGAUUAAAUUUUAUUUAAGUUUAUCAGUAUAAGCUCUGAGAGUUGGCUAUAUUUACGGCAAAUAAAAAAACUAUAUUUUAGAAGGUA